AUGCCGUUUGGAUUGUGCAAUGCUCCAGCAACGUUUGAAAAGUUGAUGGAGCUUGUACUUACCGGGAUAAUUGGAGAUGCCUGUCUGGUCUACUUGGAUGAUAUUAUCAUCGUAGGCCAUACGUUUGAGGAACACCUUCAAAACCUGGAACGCAUGCUCAUGAAGAUCCAGAGUGCCAUCCUCAAGUUGAGUCCGAUGAAGUGCUCACUAUUCAAACGGCAAGUUAGAUUUUUGGGGUAUGUAGUGUCGGAAAAAGGUAUCCGCACGGAUCCAGAGAAAAUUGCCGCUGUCAAGGAUUGGCCGGUUCCAAAAGACAAGACACAGGUUAGAGCAUUUUUAGGUUUGUGCUCUUAUUAUCGACGAUUUGUGAAGAACUUUGCAGAAAUAACCAAAAUCCUGCACAAACUAACCGAGGAAAAGCGACAUUUCUGCUGGGAUGAAAGUAGCGAUAUUGCAUUCCAGGAGCUCAAGAACCGUCUGUGCAAAUCACAUAUUUUGAGGUACCCUGAUGCGGGCAAGGAAUUUAUAGUUGACAUAGACGCAAGUGAUAUAGGACUUGGCGGUGUGUUGUGUCAACGGAAUGGUGGUCAAGAGAUUGUGAUAGCGUACUUCAGCAAGUCGUUGUUAAAGCCGGAAAGGAACUAUUGUGUCACAAGACGGAAAUUGCUUGCUGUGGUAAAGUCCUUGCAGCAUUUUAGCAGAUAUCUUCUGGGGCGAAAAUUCCACUGA